AUGUCUUCCAAGUCAAGAGGUGAAUAUACCUCAAGUUUUACUACAGCCACGCAGCAUUCGCAAUAUCAAUCAUACUCGCCAACUAAUUCGCAUUUGUCGUAUGCAUCCAGCUCAAAGUCUCCUGAGAAGAUUAAUAAAACCGGUAAAAGGUCCAGAAAGGGGUGCCUUACUUGCAGAUCACGAAAACGGAAGUGUGAUGAAGUCAGACCAAUAUGCUUUGAAUGCAAUCGGUUAGGAAUCAAAUGUGUUUGGAUGGCUAGUGGUGCUGAAGGAAAGAAUAAAUCAAGAAGAAAUCCUCGUGCACUGCGUAUAGACGAGGUAUAUAAUCAGGAGUUUGGUGUAAAGAUCGUUCGAGGGAAGGUGGAUUAUAAAAUUGAGGAUGGCCACGUUGUCAAAGACUCUUUGCCUCCUCAAUAA